AUGUCCAGUGAGCAAGUUCGAGUCGACGAGGAGAACGGCGGCGGGCUAGGCACCGAAUCUCCAGGCGACGCGAGAAAUCUUCUAUGGAGGUUCCCCAGCCGCGGCGGCAGCUGGAGCUUCGGGUGGCGAAAAUUCCAAAUCGCUGAUAGCAGUGCGGCGACCGAUGCGACGCCGGAUGCGACAGCAGUGAGCGCAUCGCCCACCGAGACGACUGGGACCUCAGCAUUGUCAGAAUGUGGUGACUUUUCGAAAGACGGCGGAGGAGGUGAAGGAGCCGCACGGGCGUCCGUGGCGCGGGUGUGGCGGUGGGUGUGGUCGCGGCGCGACAUACUGCUGAUGAGCACGGCGUUCCUCUUCUUCUUCGUGGCGUUCAACGCGCUGCAGAACGUCGCGACGAGCAUCCACGGCGCGAGCAACAUCGGCGCGCUCUCCAUGGGCGUGCUCUACGCCGUCAUCGUCGUCUCCGCGCCGCUCGCGCCCUUCCCCAUCCGCUUCUGGCGCGCGCGCGCCGCGAUCCUCGUGGCGCAGACGGGAUUCUGGGCCUUUAUCGGGUCCAACGCGUUCACUUUAGAGUGGUUGCUUCUGCUCGCGUCGUGCUACCUCGGAGUCUGCUGGUCCGUCGUCUGGGUGGCUCAGGGAGUGUACCUCGUUGCUGCCGCUGGUGUCUACAGUAAACGUUACAACAAGCCUAUGGAUGCUGUGGCCGCUUAUAUCAGUGCCGAUUUCACGCGCUAUGUGGUGCAGCCGCUGCUGGGAGCGCAGUGGAUGGGAGGAGCCAUGAUGGUCUUCGGAGUUGCCAUUGCACUCUGUUGCUUCUUCGCGGCUCGCUACGCCAAGGGACUCUCAUCGAUUCGCCUCAUGCUGCUGCUCGGUGCUGCCUCUCAGGCAGCCGUUCUCGUUCUCACAUGGGUCUUCCAGGACAGACCCAUGUCAACGCCAGCAGCAUUCGCGCUGGUGUUCGGCUGUGCGCUGCUGUGGGGAAUCGGAGCCACAGCGUUUCAAUCGCAAAUCACAGCGCUCCUGCCAUUGGUCUUCCCCGCUGACGUGGACGCAGCGUAUGCUCACUGGAUAUCCUGGAGCAGUGCAGCCUGCUCAGCCUACUUCCUCGCCAGCCCAUACAUCGCCACGGCCAUCAAGAACUCCCUCCUCCUCGCCGUCUGCCUCCUCUCCGUCAUCCUUGCUGCAAUCGCUGUCAGAAUCAGAUGA